AUGGUUAACAUUGCGGUUCCUGAACUAUACAAUGUGGCUUAUGCCGGAACUAAAGACCUGAUCGAAGAAUAUGCUGUGGAGCAGGUUUUGUCAAUUCGUUACGUGAUGGAGUUGCAGACAACACCACCGCAUCACACCGGGUUUUCCACUCAGACAAAGAUGGAUUUCAUUCGGGGAGCAAGGCAGGGUCUGGGCAGAUCGACCUUGUUACUCCAAGGAGGCUCUGUCUUCGGUCUUUGCCAUAUUGGUGUUGUGAGAGCACUAUAUUAUGAGAACAUGCUUCCUCGGGUAAUUACAGGCACAGCUACCGGGGCAUUCGUCGCCGCGAUGGUUUGCAUAAAGAAUGACAAGGAGCUCGAACCAUUCUUAGACGGAGAAUCAAUUGAUGUACGGGAGUUUGCAUUUCACAGAAGGCAUACUUUACCGCAUUGGCGUGAAAUCUUCGCCUUUGAACAGGGUCAUAGCUGGAUUAGAAGUAUUUUUCGCCGGACCUUGCGGUAUAUAAAUGAGAACUAUUGUCCAGAUCUUUACCUGCUGCGAGAAUAUGCGAGACGCGAGCUUGGAGACCUUACUUUUGAGGAGGCUUACAAAAGAACAUACCGCGUGUUAAACAUUACAAUCGCAAUACCAAAAGUGGGUGGUGUUCCAAACCUUCUAAAUUUCGUUACAGCCCCUAAUGUCCUGAUCUGGUCUGCGGCAGUUGCAUCAUGUGUAUCUGCGCUUGAUACUGAACUUCCAGUAAUUUGGUGCAAGGAUGACAUCGGAAAACUUACACCAUGGAACCCAAAGUACAAAAAGUAUUUGCGCUCAUGGUAUACAUUCCGGCAACAUCCCAAAUCAUCUCCACUUCGUCGCCUACCACAACUUUUCAAUGUCAAUCAUUUUAUCAUUUCGCAACCCCGGCCAUUCAUGAUUCCUGUAUUUGGUGAGGGAAUCCACCAUCCAGGGGGAGGUAUUCACCCCGGAGAAUGGCGAAUCUUCCGAAUACUCGAUAAACUUGUUGGUAUUGAAACCAGACACCGUUUGAGACAAUUGAAUGUUUUCGGCCUUCUGCCCACCCUGGCACACCGAAUUUUUAUUGACGACGAUAUUCCAGGGUCAUCUGUUGUUGUUCUCCCAGAUCUUGCACUCGGCGACUUGAAAGCGCCAUUUACAGGUUUAGCUCGUGAGAAAGUCAAGGAUUUGAUCUCGAAAGGAGAAAGAGGAGUCUGGCCUUCAAUGAGCUCCUUAAAGGUUCGUUGUGUGCUCGAAAUGGAGCUGGAAUCGGCUUUCCAGGAGAUGACAGGAAAGAAGGAUAAUGAUCUGCUGACCUGGUAG